AUGGCAGAGAGGGAGUGGAGAUUUAAAGAAAGGCAAAGAGGUAGUGAGACAAUGGUGGAUUCGAUGAGAUCAGCGCGCAAGGUCCCUGGAACUGGGGGGGUGGGUGGGAAAUCGAGCUGCUUGGUUGGAUGGAAAGGAAAACGGGGGAAUCGGCAAUGGGGAAUGGCAAUGAGAGAUGGGGGAGGAAGAGCAGGAGCAGGAAUGCACGGGACUGGAUUGGAUUGGGUCCGAGUUCCGGUUUCUGCGCCAGACACGGGGCCGACCGGGGGGACCCUGGGGAAGUCACGGGCAACCGGACCAGCCAUUCCAGCAGAACCAGCAGAGGACAGGGAGAAGAGUGAAGAGAGAGUCAAGAUGCAAGUGAGGGCACAGCGAAAUGGGGAUGACGGAUUCCCGAACGUGAGCCGUGAGCACCGCCCAUCACUCUCCCUCUCUCUAUUUGCAGCUGAGAUGGAUCUUGUCGACUGUUUCCCCAUCCAGCUAUCUGCAACAAUGACAAAGAGAGCUCCUUUCUUUCCAAAAUCAAUCAAGAACAGCGCUAGAUGCAUCCAUUCUCCAAGAAGAGCUACAAGCGCACCAACCGAUCGGAAAGCAAACUUACUUGAUAGGGUCGAUAGACGUCGGCUGAAGAUUAAGCCUAGAUGGAGGGUGACGGCGGGAGGGGGGAGGGAAGUCAAGUCAGACACAGAAGAAACAGCCAGCCAGCCAGGGAAGGGGAUGGGCGAGAGGGAGGGGGGAAAAGAGAGAAAAGGAAAAAGAAACGAUGAGACAAGGUCCAAGGCCAGAAACCAGCUGAGGGAGAGAGACCACCGUCGUGCUUGUUCCAGCCCGUGUGUGUGUCAAGUCAGAUCCAAUCCCAUGCCAUCCCAUCCGUCCAGUGCAGAGCAGUUCGAGUCCGUCUGUCUGCCAGCCCGUUCGGGACACCAUGCAGCACGCAGCGUGAUUGGCCUUCCCCCCGGGGGCAUCCGCAGACACCCUCCACUGAGCGUGGAUGUGGUUGGCGUAGCUGUCGCAGCAAGAGGAAUGAGAUGCAUGGUCGGGCUGGAUGGUCACUGCUCUGACUCGGCACAUCCGCCCGGCGCCGUGAGCGAGGAUGGAGGGGGUCUGAGGGGAGCUCAGAGAUACGGUAUGUGCAGCCUAGACAAGGGAGGGGGGGAAAGGAAGGCACAUCAGGCAAGAAGGAAACGUGGGCUGGAUGUCCACCGGGACAAGCCAUUGACGGUGGAUCACGAGAGAACAAACAAACAAUCCGGGGAACCGACAUGGGGACAAGAGAAGUUGCAUUAUAGGAAAAUAGUACGGAGUAGUGGUAGUAGUGAUGAUGAUGAUGAUGAUGAUGAUGAUGAUGAUAGAAAAGGUAAAUGGGGGGACAGGAAGACACUGGGGAUAAGCAACUCACUCCGACCUGCCGGCAGGGAUGGAGGCUCGAGCGGUCGGGAUGUUCACUGA